AUGGGAUGUUUCAAGGCCGCUGCCGCGCUGCUCGUUGUCGCCAUCCUCAUUGGUACGCUCCUCCCCUCCCUCGCCGCUUCCCCUCUCCCUCGCGAUAUCCGUGAAAAGUGCAUGCUCGUGAGAAGCUUCCAGAAUGCUCAACGAGUGAGGUGGGAGUGUCGCUGGGAGCACCUGCCGUCAAAGGGGCGACUGCUGGCGGCGGCAUCGACUCCGCUGGUAUCACGAGGGGUGCGAGCGAGGCGCCUCACCGGCGGUAGGGGCCGGAGCGCGACGGGGGUGCCGGUCUAUGCGGAGCGGCGUGGAAGCGACUCCGCUGGUGCUUCUACGGGCGCGGGUGAGAUGACCGAUAGGGGCGUGAGAGAGACGACUACCCGUGGUCCAAGCGCGGCGAGCGAGACCGCGGCGAACGAGACGGUUCCCGCGGAGGUGCGCGUGGGCUCGGUGGUGCUCCUCGGCUCUCUCGCGCAGCCCAGCUCCGUCUCCUUCGACUCUGCGCGCUGCAUGUCCGUGCCCGAAGUCGGGGGAACGACGAAUGGGAGCGCGGUAGACGCGCUGGUGUGGUGGGACGUGUUUUCGAAUCGCCCUGUGUGCAACGCGGUGCAGCUGUUCGAGUCGCCCGAUUGCUCGGGUACUGCGGCGGAGGAACACCUUUACAAUUUGUACAUGAGUGUCACCAAGGUAAAUCCAUCAGUGAAGUCCAUCCGCUGCGUGCUUGACAACAUCUGCGGCCGUGUCAAGUGCCCUGAACACUCCACGUGCAUCAACACAAACGACAGGCUGGAGGUGGCAUGCCAGUGCGACCAGGGAUACCGUGCCGUCUACGGCCAAUGCCAGCCCCAGUAG